AUGGUGAGCCACGACCCGCGGUGCCAGAAGGCCACGCACGUAGCGGCCCCAUCCGAGCACCUCGUCGAUGACAACGUGUCGAGGGGCGGCGAGAAGGGCCAGGUCAAGCAGGUCGGCAGGAAGCGACGCCUGGCGCUCAGCGCGUCGAGCGACAGCAACAGCAACUACGCCGAUGAAGACUACCAGCCUCCCGCUUCUGGCGACGUAGACUACGAGGAGCCGGCGCCCAAGCGGUCGCGCCACGUCGAGGAGGCCGACGAGAAGCAGAGCGGGUGCACCGACGAGUGGCAGGUGCCCUCGUCGCCGCUACUCGACGAGGAAGACGAUGAAGAGGACAGCAGCACCAGCAGCAGCUCAGAGAACGAGGAAGACAACGAGGACGUAAUCGAGGUGCCGCACCCGCCGCCUCGAACAUGGGUGGCCAAGGUCGAGUGGGCGCUCGGCCGACGCGGGGGCAAGGGCACCCUGGCCGACAUCUACACCACCAUCGAGGCCGCCUUCCCCGAGGAGGUCGAUGGCAAGCGCAACUGGAAGGCGGCCAUCCGCUCGUGUCUCUCCAAGAACGAGAAGCGCAAGUUCUACAAGCCCCACGCCCACGGGUCGAGCCUCGCCGCCGGAUCGGGCAAGGACCACCUCUGGUCCCUCGUCGUACCGCGCGAGGGUGGCGCUACGCGGCCGGCUGUGAGGCGCGGACGACCCGCGGGCCGUCGAGCCACCACUACGCGACGGAUGACCACCCGGCACGCUCGACUUGUCGAGGAGCAGCAGCAACAACCACCACAGCAGCAGCAGCAUCAGCAGGAGGAGAAGGCGCAGGAGCUGGUGAUGGUUCACCCGCAGGAGCUGAUGGACGAGCUGGACGACCUUCCCGACGUGCUGGUCGAGCAGUUCGUGAAGGAGGAGCGGAUGGCGCAGCUGCUUCGGCAGAAGGAGCUUCUGGAGCAGGACAUCCACCGCCUCCUCGAGGACAACAACGCCGAUUGCGCCGACGGCCUCUCGCCCGAUCAGGAGGACUUCCUGAGCCAUCUUCUCGCCUGA